UUGUUGGCAGGGGGCUUGUACAUGACAGCCGGCAUAAUCUCCAGUUAAGGGGCUUGGUGGUGCUGCUUAUUUCUAAAGCAGCUGGGCCCAGCAGCGUCAACGAUUCCUGUCAGAACUAUGACAUGGUCAGUGGUAUCUACUCAUGUCAAAGAAGUUUGGCAGAGAUCACAGAACUUAUCCACACUGCUCUCCUUGUGCAUCGUGGGAUAGUGAAUUUAAGUGAAUUGCAGUCUUCUGAUGGACCACUGAAAGACAUGCAGUUUGGAAAUAAAAUAGCUAUCCUGAGUGGAGACUUCCUUCUAGCAAAUGCCUGCAAUGGACUAGCGCUGCUACAGAACACAAAGGUUGUGGAACUUUUAGCAAGUGCUCUUAUGGACUUGGUACAAGGAGUAUACCAGGAAAAUUCUACUUCAGCCAAGGAAAAUUCUAUCAUAGAUGAUAUUGGAAUAUCUACUUGGAAGGAGCAGACUUUUCUCUCUCACGGUGCCUUACUAGCAAAGAGCUGCCAAGCUGCAAUGGAGUUAGCAAAACAUGGUGCUGAGGUGCAGGAUAUGGCAUUUCAGUAUGGGAAACACAUGGCCAUGAGUCACAAGAUAAAUUCUGACCUCCAGCCUUUUAUUAAAGAAAAGACCAGUGAGUCCAUGACUUUUAACCUAAAUUCAGCCCCUGUAGUCUUACAUCAGGAAUCUCUUGGAAGAGAUUUAUGGAUUAAGCAGGUCAAGGAGGCUCAAGAGAAAGGAAGAUUGGACUAUGCUAAGUUGCGAGAAACAAUCAAAGCUGGCAAAGGUGUGACUUCAGCUAUUGACCUGUGUCGUUACCAUGGAAACAAGGCACUGGCGGCCCUGGAGAGCUUCCCUCCCUCCCAGGCCAGAUCAGCUUUAGAAAACAUUGUGUUUGCUGUGACCAGGUUUUCAUGACACCAAAUUUAAAAGGCACUAUUGUUCCUUAGCUGAAAAACCUAGAGAACGAGAUGAUCAGGAGAGCUUUUGUGAUGAGAUAUCUAAAUGUGUUAAUGACAUUUAAAACAUACGUUUUUCCUUCCUUUUAUCACAUUGCUAAAUGAAUACUGCCUUAUUUUUGGAACCUACAAACAAAAUUAGAAGAAAAAAAGGUCAAACAGUUUUCACUUGUCACGCCAGAAGCACACUUGAGGCUGCAGUAGCAGAAAUAAUUAAUGAGAUUCGCUCCUGUGACCUCAGCAAAUGGACAGGAAAUAAGUCCUUAUUGAUUGGACCAAGCCAGGGAUGGCGCCAGGGCGGUGGCCUGUGGUUUCCUUGGAGAGAGGACAGAGCAAGCUGGAAGCUGCAGGUGUCAAGAGAAACACUGUUAAGACAGCUGGGGAGGACUAUCAAAUCAAAACCCACUGACCAUUUGGCCAUAACAGAGGAUAGUUCAAUGAAUAAGCACGAAUAUACUUGUCAUCUUGCAAAAAAAUGUA